CGGGGCGGCACGUCGACGAUCUCGCAGGGCACGCGUAGCGCGUCGCGGGGGUCGCCGCCGCUGCACGCCGAGCACAGCUUCCCGCCCGCAGCAUCUGUCCCGGCUGGGCCGCCACGGCACGGUCAGCGGCGCCAGCAUCAAGACGAACAGCCUCGGAUUCUACGACGCUGCCGCCACAGUGCUGGACGCGCUGCGGCCGCUGGGGCCGCUGGGGCCCAGCCCCAGAGGACCUCUAUGUUUUUACGUGAUGUAUGUCCUCUGCAAUGGCUUGCUUGGCUUCUUGCAAAGAGCGCCCGCAUCUUGA